GCAGUGUAGAUCCCGCAGCGGGACGGCGGCCGAAGGAACAAGGACAGAAACCGCCGGGAAAGGCUGAGUGGGUCCGGGGAUCCUUCUUCAGAACACGGACAGGUCUCAGAAACAUCUCGGGGGAGGUCGCCAGGCCCGAGCGCCAAGACCUGGCUCCUGCCCCCGGGGAGAGGAGAUGGUGAGACAGGAGUAUUUGAAGAGGGAAGUUUCAAGAUUAACAGAUGAAGGGUUUAUGCCUGAAACGUUGACUCUCCUGCUCCUCAGAUGCUGCCUGACCUGCUGUGCUUUUCCAGCGCUGCAGUUUUCAACUCUGACUCUCCAACGUCUACAGUCUUCACUUUGAUGUCAAUGUCUGACAGUCACUCAGUCCAUCGGGACCGCAACAGUUUUCAACUAUGAUUCUGUGAGAAGGAGGAAAGCUUUUUGGUUCCUGUUUGAGUACGUUUUCAGCAUCGGUGGGACUGGAUGAGAGACACAACUGUUGCAGCGCACUGAAUGAGGAGCGUGUAGCAGCUAUACAGCCUGGAAAGAGGAAUUCACGAUGUGUUUGUGUGCGGCUGAAGCUGUGGCCAUGGAGAAACCUGAGGAAUCCUGCCCCAUGGAGAAACCGUGGAAGUGUGGGGACUGUGGGAAAGGCUUCCGUGCUCCGUCUGCCCUGGAGAUUCAUCGGCGCAGUCACACCGGGGAGAGGCCGUUCCCCUGCACUGAGUGCGGGAAGAUCUUUAGCAAUUCCUCCAUCCUGCUGAAGCACCGGCGGGUCCACACGGGGGAGAGGCCCUUCAGCUGCCCUGAGUGCGGGAAGGCUUUUACACAGGCAUCCAUCCUGCUGACCCACCGGCGGAUCCACACUGGGGAGAGGCCAUUCUCCUGCCCCGAGUGCGGGAAGGGAUUCAGUCAGGUGGGCAACUUGCGUACGCACCAGCGGGUCCACACGGGGGAGAAGCCCUUCAGCUGCCCUGAAUGUGGGAAGGCCUUCAGCUAUUCCUCGGACCUGCUGAAGCAUCAGCAUGUCCACACUGGGGAGAGGCCCUUCAGUUGUCCCGAGUGCGGGAAGGGCUUCAGCGAUUCCUCCGACCUGCUGAAGCACCAACGGGUCCACACAGGGCAGAAGCCCUUCAGCUGCCCUGAGUGCGGGAAGGCCUUCAGCGAUUCCUCUGCCCUGGUGAAGCACCGGCGAGUCCACACCGGGGAGAGGCCCUUCAGCUGCCCUGAGUGCGGGAAAAGCUUUGCCCGGACCUCCAACCUGCUGACCCACCGGCGGAUCCACACCGGGGAGAGGCCCUUCAGCUGCCCCGAAUGCGGGAAGGGCUUCACCCGCUCCUCCCACCUCCGGAGCCACCAGCGAGUUCACGUGCCAUCGCAGGGGGAUUGAAGGAGUGACGGCCGAGUGCCAUUAUCGACUGGACAAUCAACCCAGUUCCAGGGAUCCCGGGUUCAAUUCCUACCGCGACAGAUGGUGGAAUUGGAAUUUGGUCAGAAAUCUGGAGUUCAGAACGGUGAAACCAUU